AUGGAUGCCAAUGUGGAAUUUGGGGCAAAGCGCAAGCGCAGCGCAGUCGCUGGUGCCGCCGACCGUCCAGCAAAGCACCUGAAACCUGAAAGCUCGGUCUUGACCCCCGGAGACGCCACACCAGCCAAUGGGACAGUCUAUGAUGUGGGGGAAGAAGAGGAUGCAGGGCGUGCCUUGGGUGUUGGUGCAUCGCAGGCAGACUCGCCCGAAUGGCAGGCGACCAUUGAGACGGUGGUGAAGAGCGCAGUGUCGAUUCAUUUUUGCCAAACUUGCUCGUUUGACACGGAGCUGUCGAUGAGCAGUCAAGCCACCGGCUUCGUGGUGGAUGCCAAACGCGGAUAUAUCUUGACCAAUCGACAUGUGGUGUGCUCGGGUCCGUUCUGGGGAUACUGUAUCUUCGACAACCAUGAGGAGUGUGAUGUCCGUCCCGUAUAUCGCGACCCCGUCCACGACUUCGGUAUUCUCCAGUUUGAUCCGGCCGCCAUUCGGUACAUGAAACUCACCGAGCUCAAGCUUCAGCCAGACGGAGCUCGAGUCGGUGCAGAAAUUCGCGUUGUGGGUAAUGACGCCGGAGAAAAGCUCAGCAUUCUCUCUGGUGUGAUUAGUCGCUUGGACCGAAACGCACCCGAAUAUGGCGAGGGCUACAGCGACUUCAACACAAACUACAUCCAGGCUGCGGCCGCAGCCAGUGGUGGCAGCUCGGGAAGUCCUGUGGUAAAUAUCGACGGCAAUGCUGUCGCUUUACAAGCUGGUGGUCGAGCUGAUGGCGCUGCCACAGACUAUUUCCUGCCGCUGGAUCGGCCGCUCCGGGCGCUGGAAUGCAUCCGCCAGGAAAAGCCGGUCACACGCGGUACGAUUCAGACUCAAUGGAUCCUCAAGCCCUUUGACGAAUGUCGCCGUCUCGGUCUGACGCCAGAGUGGGAAGCUGCUGUGCGCAAGGCCGCUCCCACCGAAACCAACAUGCUGGCGGCCGAGAUCAUCCUGCCCGAGGGUCAAGCAGAUGGAAAGCUACAGGAAGGCGACGUGCUGUUGCAGGUCAACGGAGAGCUCCUGACGCAAUUCGUCCGUCUUGACGAUAUUCUGGACUCCAGCGUGGGCGGGUCCGUCCGGUUGCUGGUUCAAAGAGGAGGUCAAGAUGUCGAGGUCGAAUGUCAAGUGGGGGAUCUUCACGCGAUCACGCCUGAUCGUUUCGUGACUGUUGCUGGCGGGACGUUCCACGAUCUGUCAUACCAGCAGUCGCGGCUUUAUGCCAUCGCCACUCGCGGUGUCUAUGUGUGCGAAGCGGCUGGCUCCUUCAAGCUCGAGAACACUCUCUCGGGAUGGCUCAUUGACUCGGUCGACAAGCGGCCGACUCGAAAUCUCGAUGAAUUCGUAGAAGUCAUGAAGACCAUCCCCGACCGCUCUCGGGUGGUCAUUUCCUAUCGCCAUAUCCGUGACCUCCACACCAAGGGCACGAGCAUCAUCUAUGUCGACCGCCACUGGCAUCCCAAGAUGCGGUUGGCGGUUCGUAAUGAUGAAUCUGGUAUCUGGGACUUCUCUGAUAUCGCUGAUCCCAUUCCUGCCGAUGCACCCGUUCCUAGGAAAGCCGACUUCAUCCAGCUGGACGGCGUCAGUCAGCCAGCAGCAGCUGAUAUCGUUCGUAGCUUUGUGCGGGUUUCGUGUACCAUGCCGCUGAAGCUGGAUGGAUACCCACAAGCGAAAAAGACCGGGUUCGGCUUGGUGAUCGAUGCCGAGAAAGGUCUGGUAGUCGUGUCGAGAGCCAUCGUCCCUUACGAUCUUUGUGACAUUAAUGUCACGGUUGCCGAUUCAAUUAUUGUCAGUGCCAAGGUGGUUUUCCUGCACCCACUUCAGAACUACAGCAUCAUCCAGUAUGACCCCAGCCUUGUGCAGGCGCCGGUGAAGAGUGCUCGUCUCAGCACCGAGUACAUCAAGCAGGGCCAAGAGACCAUUUUUGUUGGCUUCAAUCAAAACUUCCGCAUUGUUGUGGCCAAGACCGCUGUCACUGAUAUUACCACUGUGUCGAUUCCGGCCAAUGCCGCUGCUCCCCGGUACCGGGCGAUCAACCUGGAUGCCAUCACAGUGGACACCGGCCUCAGUGGGCAAUGUACCAACGGCGUGUUGAUUGGUGAGGACGGGGUGGUGCAGGCCCUGUGGCUGAACUACUUGGGCGAACGCACCCCCAGCUCCCACAAGGAUGUGGAAUACCACCUUGGAUUCGCUACGCCAUCGUUGCUCCCCGUGGCGUCCAAGAUUCAGCAGGGGGUCACCCCGAAGCUGCGUAUUUUGAACAUGGAAAGCUAUGUUGUACAAAUGAGCCAAGCACGCAUUAUGGGUGUCUCGGAAGAAUGGAUCCAGAAGGUAGCCCAGGCCAACCCUUCGCGACACCAGCUCUUCAUGGUGCGCAAGGUCGACUGUCCGCCUGCGACAUUUACGUCCGAUGCCGACAGCUUCCAAGAGGCUGAUAUCAUUCUCACGCUGGACGGCCAGCUCAUCACCCGUGUCUCGGAGCUGGAUGUCAUGUAUGAAAAGGAGGUUCUGGACGCCUUAGUUGUCCGAAAUGGUCAGGAAAUGCGCCUUCGGGUGCCAACGGUACCGACGGAAGACCUGGAGACCGAUCGCGCCGUCGUUUUCUGUGGCGCUGUGCUGCAGAAGCCCCAUCAUGCCGUGCGACAGCAAAUCUCGAAACUCCACAGCGAGGUCUAUGUGAGCGCGAGGAGCCGUGGCUCUCCCUCUUACCAUUACGGUCUUGCUCCCACUAACUUCCUGACUGCUGUCAAUGGUGUCCCGACGCCUAACCUCGACCGCUUUGUUGAGGAAGUGCGCAACAUCCCCGACAACACGUACUUCCGCCUCCGCGCGGUGACGUUUGACAACGUGCCGUGGGUGGCCACCAUGAAGAAGAACGAUCACUACUUCCCUAUGUCGGAAUACAUCAAGGACCCCUCUGCUACAGCCGGCUGGCGCACCAUCUCUCACGACAAGCCCGAGGACAAGCUGGGCGUGGCACCCGACGCCGCAAAUCUGAACCCAGACGCGAUGGACGAGGAAUUCGAGGUUGGAAGCGAUAUCGAGCCGGAUGCCGAGUAA